UGUGAAUUGCGCCCUGUGAGCACCUCUGGUCCAUGAGAGCUGGGAGACUGCGGACACACUGCAGCUGCCGCCGCCAGCAUCCAUUGCAGCGCUCCUCAGGCCGCCGCCGUCUUGGAAUGACAUCAUUCUCAGCCAAUCGCUGAUCGCCGCCUCUACCCCGAGCCGUCUGCCCUUCCUCAGCCCCCCCCAAUAGCAGCACGGGGAGGGCGCAAAGCCGCAGAGAGGGCUGGCCGGACCGGGACUGCGGGCACACAGAAGCAGAGCAGGGGGAGGGGGCUUCUCCCAGGUGUUCGGAGCACAAGUGACAGCAGUCCGGUGCUGCAGCGCGAAGACGAUUACUAUGUGGAGCAUUUUGAUGGGACAAACUUCCAUUUUACAUCUGUAUUGCCAAUAACGAAACAGUGCCUGUGUUCAGAGAAACUAAAGAAGUUCAUCCGAAUUAUUUGUCAAGUUGCUCCAUAUCGUACUCCAUUGAAAAUGUGGCCUAUUGUAACACAGCUUUUAUUGUACAUUUUCUUCUGCUGGGCAGAAGAAGGAAAAAGAUAUGGGCCAGUUUUUGAAGAGCAGCCGAUUGACACCAUUCACCCAGAAGAAUCUUCAGAUGGAAAGGUUUCAAUGAAUUGUCGAGCAAGGGCAAACCCUACUCCUACAUAUAAGUGGCGACAAAAUAAUUGGGAGCUUGAUCUUCUAAAUCCACGAUACAGCAUGAUAGGAGGCAACCUUGUCAUCAACAACCCAGAGAAGUCAAAGGAUACUGGGAAAUAUGUCUGUAUAGUAACAAAUGAGUAUGGAACAGUAAGGAGCAAUGAAGCCAGCCUAAACUUUGGAUAUCUUGAUCCUUUCCCUGCGGAAGAGCGUCCUGAAGUGAAAGUGAAGGAAGGAACGGGAGUAAUGCUGAUAUGUGACCCGCCUCCACACUUCCCAGACGAUCUUAAUUACAGAUGGAUUAUAAAUGAAUUUCCAAACUUUAUUGCUAUGAAUAAACAAAAAUUUGUUGCUCAGACAAAUGGAAAUCUCUAUAUUGCAAAAGUAGAACAAUCUGACAGGGGCAAUUACUCAUGUUUUGUGUCCAGCCCUUCAAUUACAAAAAGUGUGUUCAGCAGAUAUACUUCACUUUUGCCGCAACCUGAAACUGCGAAACGGUAUGCAGCGGACAUACAAGUUGCAUUCACGGAUACUUACGCUUUGAAAGAACAAAAUGUGACACUGGAGUGUUUUGCGUUAGGAAAUCCUGUUCCAGUGAUAAGAUGGCGUAAGCUGAAUGAACCAAUGCCUCCUUCUGCGGAAAUUAAUCAAGCAGGCACUGUGCUCAAGAUUUUCAAUAUACAGCCUGAAGAUGAAGGAACGUAUGAGUGUGAGGCUGAGAAUAUUAAGGGGAAGGAUUUGCACAGAGCAUAUGUUUAUGUACAAGCCCAGCCGGAAUGGGUAGAACAUAUAAAUGAUACAGAACGAGACAUAGGCAGUGAUUUGCAUUGGCCCUGUAUUGCUAAGGGGAAACCAAUCCCUACCAUUAGGUGGCUAAAAAAUGGAGAGUCGUAUGCUAAAGGUGAACUGAAAAUCCGUGGCCUAACUAUGGCUCAUGCUGGAAUGUACCAGUGUAUAGCAGAAAACCACUAUGGAGUCAUUCAAGCUAAUGCUGAACUAAAGAUCCUGGCUUUAGCACCAACAUUUGAACUAAAUCCUAUGCGAAAGAAGAUCUUAGCUGCAAAAGGUGGCCGUGUCAUUAUAGAAUGCAAACCAAAGGCAGCUCCAAAACCCAAAUUCUCAUGGAGCAAAGGAACGGAGCUACUUAUAAACAAUACCCGGGUAUCAAUCUGGGAUGAUGGCAGCCUGGAAAUUGUAAAUGUAACAAUUCUCGAUGAAGGCAGCUACACAUGUUUUGCAGAGAAUGAUAGAGGAAAAGCAAAUAGUACUGGAACACUUUCUGUUACAGCUGCCACAAAGAUCACCCUUGCACCAUCCAAUGCAGAUGUAACAGUUGGGGAAAAUGCUUCCAUGCAGUGCCAUGCAUCUCAUGAUCCUUCUCUGGACCUUACAUUCAUCUGGUCUUUAAAUGGAUUUGUGAUUGAAUUCGAUGAUGAUAGUGGCCAUUAUGAAAGGCAUUUUAGGAAUGAUAUUGGUAGUGAGCUCAUCAUUAGAAAUGUCCAACUGAAGCACGCUGGGAGAUACAUUUGUACCGCUCAAACCAUUGUGGACAACUCCUCUGCAUCUGCUGAUCUGGUUGUCAGAGGUCCACCCGGUCCUCCAGGAGGUGUCAGGACAGAGGAAGUGAGAGAUACAUCUGUACAACUCAUUUGGAGUAGUGGGACAGACAAUCACCAGCCAAUUUCUAAAUAUAUUAUUCAAGCUAGAAAUCCAUUGUCAGAGGAGUGGAAGGAUGUGAAGACAGAAAUUCCCAAUAUUGAAGGAAAUAUGGAGUCAGCAAGAGUAGUAGAUUUAAUUCCAUGGAUGGAGUAUGAAUUCCGUGUUAUAGCAACCAAUACAUUAGGAAUCGGUGAACCAAGCAUACCAUCAUCAAGAAUUAGAACAGAGGGGGCUGCUCCCAAUGUUGCUCCUGCUGAUGUUGGAGGAGGAGGUGGAAGCAAUCGGGAGCUAACAGUAACAUGGGUGCCCUUAGCACGGGAAUAUCAUUAUGGUGACAAUUUUGGCUAUAUCGUUGCCUUUAAACCUUUUACUGAAAACGAAUGGAGGAAAGUAACAGUUACCAACCCCGAAAGUGGUCGAUAUGUACAUAAGGAUGACACUAUUACUCCCGCUACCCAGUUUCAAGUAAAAGUAAAAGCCUUCAAUAAAGUAGGAGAUGGUCCGUUCAGCAGCACGGCUAUCAUUUAUUCAGCAGAUGAAGCUCCCACAGAAUCCCCUACAGGGAUGAAAGUUUUAGGAAUACCAACGUCUACUGAAGUAACUAUAUCAUGGCAGCCAGUGAUUGGACAAACUAUUCUAGGAUACCAGAUCCGUUACUGGCGCAGUCAAGACAAACAGACUGCAGCGCACAGACUACAGCUGGAAAGUUUAGAUACUGUAGUCAAGAUUGAAGGAUUGUUGCCAAAUACUAUCUACCACUCAGAUGUUUGUGCAUACAACAGCGCAGGGGAUGGGCCUAGAAGCCAUAGCUUUAAUUUCCACACCAGCAAAGCACCUCCAAGUCAGAAACCUCAAAUUAUCAGUGCUGUGAAAUCUGGCUCCCAGUAUAUCAUCACUUGGCAACAUGUGACGCCAUUAUCCAAUGAGUCUGCAGUAGAUGGAUACAAAGUUCUGUACAGACCAAAUGGAGAACACAAUGGCAGGGUGUUGUCAACUGCAAAGCAUUCUAUAGAACUGCCGGCCCCAAAGGAAGGAGAGUACAUUGUUGAAGUUAGAGCCGUCAGUAAAGGAGGAGAUGGAGCCGUUGCUUUCAUCAAACUUUCUAGUGAUACAGCAGGAAUACUUCCCAGUAUUCUUGGUAUACUGCUACCAACUUUUGUCCUGGUUUACCUGGAAUUCUGAAUGUCGGCCUCUUUACAGCAUCCUGAGUGCAGUGUACUCCUUUCCCAUCUCUGGAGGAUAACAUCAGUCUAUGACUACUGCGGCACCACCUUAAGCCAAAAAUAAAAAAAACAAAUAUAUAUUACCCAACAGGUUUAUUAUGAACUUUAAAGAGGAUUAAGGCAUUCAGGAACUCCUCCGUGGGAUCAUUUUCAAGGAUAAGAGAUCAUUUUUAACUUGUUCCGAUAUGCCUUAUGAAACACUUACGCCAAUCUGUGACGGUUGCAUGAUCAAAUGGGGCAAGUUGCAGUGUUAAAUUACAAUAACUUAGACUGUACAGUGAAAGUCGCCAUCCAUAGGCGAUUAAACUUUAAUAACAAAUUGUGAAAUAUACUAGAGAUACAAAUGUGGUAUGUGUAAGAGUAACUACAUCUGUCUGUACUAUCUGUUUUGCGUGUUACAUAUUUUUGAAUGAACCCUGUCCUGGGCUCUAGACAAAUAGUCAGAUCAAAAACAUUGUAUUAGAAUUUAAUUUCUAAAACAAAUGAAUGUAGAUUCCUAUUGCUGAAAAUGACAAUUGAAUAUAGGAAAAUGUAUACAUAUCGUUGAGUGCUUUCAAGUGCAGGCAAUGGGUUAUAAUGUUCCUAUUACAAGAGUAGCCCAUUACUUGGGAGUGCUUUGUUACACUGUAAAUAGUGCAAUAAAUGGCUCACUUAUGAAUGUAUAGUAUAUAUAGCAUAUAAAACACAGUUUAAAAAGUAGCAAACCACUGAUAUAUUUCAGAACAUUAAGAUUUAUGUAGGAGAACUUAGGAAGUCAUGACAUUACCAAGAAUGAGAAAUAUUAAACAGUCAGACUUUGGUUUCCCAGAACUCCUUGUGGUGUGGGCUGCUGGGUAAGCACCCGUCCAAAAUAUACAAAGUACUUUUUACCAGAGCUGCACAUACUGCAUCACUUUGGUACUGUACAUUGAAAAAUAUUGGAGGACAUAUAUGAAACCACAGGUAAUUGUAAAAAAAAGUUGGUGUUGUCCUUAGCAACCAAUUGGAUUCUGUCUUUUUUGAAAGUACAGUUUACAUAAAGAAAGUGGACAUCUGAUUUGUUGCUGUGAGUAAUGCCACCUUUACUACACUGUGUAGUACAGAUAGUGCACAUUCCACAUGGACAAAUGGCAUCAUCGAGAACCCCCAAGUUGAGAGAUAUGACCCUUGCACUGCACUGACCCCACCUACUGAAUUGUAUGUCACUGAAAGUUAAGCUUGAUUGUGAAGUUUGUCUAGAAGAAAUGUGCUCCAUCUGCAAUUCCAUAACUGUCCGAUGAUGAUUACAAGGGUUUUAUUGUAUUCAGAAUUAUUUUUUGUCUGUUUUAACCAGAAUUUAAAUUAAUAUGAAGGUUUUCCUUGAUUCGAUGUGUAGUUGUAUAAGCAUUUAUUGCCUACAGUAUGUAACGUGAAGCAAAUACAGUAGUCAUGCUAUUACAAUGCCCAUUGCUGGCAAUGGGAUUUCCCAGUCUCCCGUCUAAAGUCUGAAUGUUGUUUCAGAUGUAGGAAAACAAAACAGCCAAACUACAUCUGUGCAAACUAUUGUAAAUUUUAAUGUAAUUGUGAAAAUAUAAAAAAGUCACCUACAGUAUAUCAUGUUGUGUAUUAUUUGUGAAGUUUCCAAAUCACACACGCAUCGAUCAAAUGAGUUUAACCAGAAAAAUAGAUGUUUUGAUUGGAUUUUAUUUGUCAAUCUGCUUGUAGAGAAAGGUCUCCAGUGACUUAAUUAUGGACAAAGAACAUGAUAUCAAGCUGUUAAUUCCGUAUGGUAUGGUAUGGUAUGGUACGGUAAAUGUAAAUGUAAUCCAGAAUAGUUGUGCAACAAUUGAUGAUGUGGUCCAUCUUGUGGUAUAGUAAUAUAAGUUGAAAAAGUAUAUUAGGAGAAAAAAAGUGAAUGAUGAUGAACACAACCGAAACUGCUCUGAAUGGUUGUGUUACUGACACUUCUGAAAUUAAUGAAUGUGUUUGUUCUGACUGUCUAUAAUUUUUGUAUUGUUCAGUCAUACUUAUUUUAAAGUUGUGCUUCAGUAUUCAGUUCAUGUGUGAAUGGUACAACUCAGUAUUAUAAAUCCGGGUCUAGUAAUAGUGUAUAAUGUUUCAGCUUAUUUCCAGGAAAUAUGAAAUUGUAUUCUUUUCUAUCAUUAGCACAACCUUGUUAUCUGAUUGGGGAUUAUUUUAUCUUUAUAGAGUCAAUACCUUAGAAGUCUUUAAUUAUAUAUUCAGAAUGAAAACAAAUCUGUGAUUCUACUGUGUACCCCUGUCUUUAAUUUUUAUAUUUUUUUGUAUUGCCUACAUACAUGAAAAAUAUCUCACUCUUGUUUAAUUCAUAUAAUUGUCUGUAUAUUAAGCAAUUAUUAAGAAAACAGAGCUUUUUACUUCAAAAAAUUUAAUGAAUUUACAGUACCAAGAAAUAUAAAAUGCUAAAUGGGAAGUAUCACUGUUUCUAAAAUAAAUACGUUGUGCAAAGCUUUUCUGGCAGGGUACAGCAUGGAUACUUAUGCAGAUGGAUCAGGUGUGCAGCCCCAAAGGGUAUUACUAGUGAGACCAGAAAUUGGGGUGCAGUGCCUCUCCUGUACCAUUAUUGCACUGUACUAAUACCAUAACUAUGCUUUGUCUUGCAGAAUUCACUUUUCAUAGGAAAGUGAUGCAUCCCGAUUUAGUAGUAUGCUAAAGCACAGGUGCACGUUUUCAUUUGCAUAGUUCCCAUGUUCAUUUUCUGUGUACCCCUAAUCUCAAUUACUGUUUUGCCAAAUGCUUAAAGGCCUUUUAUUUUUGUUAUUUUUGUAAUAGAAGAGCAAACACAAUAAUAGUUUUUUUUCUUUAGUUCUGGGGCAUUUAAAGGGAAGUCUGUGCUUCUAUCUAUCUGUAAAAUAAGCAAUGAAAAAGUAAAAGCCAGACCUGGGAAUGCAUCAAAAUUGUGCUUUUCACCUUUACAACCAAGACUGCUACCUUGAUUUUCAACUUUCUGUGAGCAAAUGUAACUAAAUAUAUCACCUAUUUAAAGCUGAGCUUCUAAUUAUAACAAGAUCAAUGUUAUUUUUUCCCCUUUACAAUGCUAAAGUGACAAUACGUUAUUUUGUUAUAGUUGCAUUUUUUAACUUUAGUUGUUUAUUUUUAUUUUUUAAGUGGACUAGGCAAAGAUCUUAUGUUUCAUUUAUUUUGAGUGGCAUUGGUCAAAAUUAAAUAUCAGUAUUACUUACAAUGUAACUGCUGGCUUUCAAAUUUACCAAAAUGUUAUGUUUUGUUAAUAAAAUAAAUCACCAAAAUAAAGGCAUUUCACAAACUAUG